AAAACCAAAAAAACCACAUCUCUCUUCUUCUCGUCACGAAAUCGAAAUACCCAGAGACAAUCAAUCGCUCACGAUAUGGCGGCCGUAGGAGUCGAGUCGAGGCAUCGUCCCGAGACAGCGAUGGAGGAAGCCUGCAACGCCAAGGGAGCUGUGGCGGCGAAACAAGGGGAAGGUCUUAAGCAGUACUACCUCCAGCACAUCCACGAGCUUCAGCGCCUGCUCCGCCAGAAAACCAACAACCUCAAUCGCCUCGAAGCUCAGAGGAAUGAACUCAAUUCUCGAGUACGAAUGCUCAGAGAAGAGUUGCAGCUGCUUCAGGAACCAGGUUCCUAUGUGGGUGAAGUGGUUAAAGUGAUGGGAAAAAACAAGGUCUUAGUUAAGGUUCAUCCUGAGGGGAAGUACGUUGUUGAUAUUGACAAAAGUAUUGACAUAAACAAGAUCACACCCUCGACAAGAGUUGCUCUCCGUAAUGAUAGCUAUGUUCUUCACCUGGUUCUGCCAAGUAAAGUCGAUCCCCUGGUCAACCUUAUGAAAGUUGAGAAGGUUCCUGACUCCACAUAUGACAUGAUUGGUGGUCUUGACCAGCAAAUUAAGGAAAUCAAGGAGGUCAUUGAGCUGCCAAUCAAGCAUCCUGAAUUGUUUGAGUCUCUUGGAAUUGCGCAGCCUAAGGGUGUGUUGUUAUAUGGUCCACCUGGAACUGGGAAGACACUUUUGGCUCGAGCUGUGGCACAUCACACUGACUGUACCUUCAUCAGAGUUUCUGGUUCCGAGCUGGUCCAGAAAUACAUCGGAGAAGGUUCUAGAAUGGUCAGAGAGCUUUUUGUGAUGGCAAGGGAGCAUGCACCAUCAAUCAUCUUCAUGGAUGAAAUCGAUAGUAUCGGGUCUGCUCGUAUGGAAUCUGGAAGUGGAAACGGUGACAGUGAGGUGCAACGGACUAUGCUUGAGCUUCUCAAUCAACUUGAUGGAUUCGAAGCAUCAAACAAAAUCAAGGUUUUGAUGGCAACAAACCGUAUUGAUAUUCUGGAUCAAGCUCUUCUCAGGCCAGGAAGGAUUGAUAGGAAAAUUGAAUUCCCCAAUCCUAAUGAAGAUUCACGUUUUGAUAUCUUGAAGAUUCACUCGAGGAAGAUGAAUUUGAUGCGUGGAAUUGACCUGAAAAAGAUUGCUGAGAAGAUGAAUGGUGCUUCCGGUGCUGAACUGAAGGCUGUGUGCACGGAAGCGGGAAUGUUUGCUCUGAGGGAGAGGAGAGUACACGUGACACAGGAAGACUUUGAAAUGGCGGUGGCGAAGGUAAUGAAGAAAGACACAGAGAAGAACAUGUCUCUGCGUAAGCUCUGGAAGUAGGGAGUCUCUUUGUUGUCUAGACCUGAUAAAUCAGCCUUUCUUUACUGUUCGUUGGUUCUUUCUGAAAUCUUUUCGUUUAAGCAUUGUGAAAACAAAGUUGGUUACAAACACUAGUUUAUUUUUCAAAUGGUCCUAAGACAUCAGUUUCGAUUUUAACAAACAAGCUUUUUUGUUUUGUUUUUUACAUUGUAGAAUUGCAUCCCCAACUGAGUUAUCAGAUUAAGAUUUGGUUGGGUUAAA